UUUCCUCGCGGAGUCACCCAUUAGGACAGUGGGAGGGGCAAAGCUUCAGUGAAAUGUAAGGACUUUAGAUAUGCUCUACCAGUUGGUUGGCCAGGCAGGUAAACGGUUAAGACAUGAUGGGAUUAUAGAAAUUAGGUGACAUCUGGAAAAAGUGCAGAAUCUCACACAAAGGGAUUCCUCAACUACUACUGCUUCUGAUAUUUGCUAUUUGUGACUGAGUUGUAGUCUAUUGUCCCCAAUACUGAUUGGCUGUAGUAGCUAUUUUAUUUUGGAUAAACUCCAAAACUUGAGUUGUGCCAGAAAGCUGCUUGUUGAUUUCAGCUCAGUUUCCUAAAUGUUUUGGUAGUUGACAUUGACGAUGGAGCGCAUAUGGCACCAAAAUAAUCCCGAAUCCAACUGAGAUUAACUGAAUCAUGAAACAGUCACAUCAGUCAAUUUUUGUCCCUCAUAAUAAUUUAGAAAAUCGAAUGAAAAAUAUUAUUUUCUUAAGUGUCUGAUUUUAAAUUGUCUUAAUUUUAUUUUUUCCAUUGUCCAAAUGUUACGUUACAGUUGGUCCUUUAGGGUUGAUGCAGAAGUCUGUUCAGCGUUUGAGAAAAUAUGAACUGAUGUUUUCUCUUCAGGAAAAUCCAAACAUUCUGGGAUGUAAACCCUCAGCCAAAGAAAACUGGAGGUGUUUUAGGGACAAGUUACAGCAAAAAAGCAGCAUAGUUCACUCAGAUUGUUGUCAUGAUUCUGUUCCAGCUCUUUCAACCUGAACAAAAAUGGAAAAAGUAAAUGGAAAAUAUGCUUUAUUUAUUUAUUUGUGUGUGUAAUCGUAGCAUAAAACAGCCAUAGCCUCCUGAGACCUGGCGUAGUCAAUUGUGUCCUUUAUAGUGGACAUUUUGUUCACCUUUGUCUUCUUUCACUCUUUUGAGCUACCCCAUUUAGCCCUACAGUGCUCUUUAGAGGACGUCCUGGGCUUCCCAGUGAUGCAUCGUUUGUUACGUUCACAUGCCGGCAAGUCUCAUCUUUCCUCAGUCAAUAUGGCUGGCUUACCAGUAACAACAUUUUAUGGAAAGAGUAUAAGUAAGUAAAAAAAUCUUUAUCUUUUGCUAUUUUUACUAAAAUAAUCAUUUAUAAUAUUGUUUAUUAAAAUGUUAACAAUAUUUUACUUCUGAAAACAGUUAAAUAUUUAUGCUUUUAUAAAUGUCUAUUGUGGUGGGCACUAGGACCAUUUUAGUGUAUUUAUACCAUUGGUGUGCACACUAGAAGCCAGGCACACGCUGUGAUGAUGGACAUCAAGCAUGCAGAAAGAAGGGCUGCAGUGGCAAAACAUACAUGAUGUGAACUGAAGAAAACAAACUUUCAGGAUUAUUAUCAAGAUGAAGAACAAAUGAAGAGCUAUGGUUCACUAGUUCAGCUCACUUUUUAACUAAGUCCAUGAGUUGUCGUCAUUCCAAGUAACAAGCAACAGAAGACCAAGAACAUGAGUUUUAUUUGUUGAUCAAAUUAGAUAAGAUUUUACUUUUUAGUCAAUCUGUAGUUAGAUGGAAGUCGUCCUGUUGGACAUGCUGUUAAAGUAAAAUUAAAAAAAGUUUUAAAAAAUGUUAAGGUGUUUAUUUAGUCUAAAUAGAAUGGAAAUCAUAUAAAAAAGGAAGUUGAAGACACUUUGUCUGGGUCUCAGAAGGAUAAAAGAAUGAAACUGCAGUUUCACUGAGCAGCUGUCCAUGGUGCUGAACUGACGGACAGCUUCAGGCUGCUCUUUGUCAUCAAAUUGAAUGUCGUGCGCGCGCGCGCGCGCACACACACACACACACACACACACACACUGGCAGGCGGAGUUUCUGGACUCGCACUAAACCAGUUCAGAGAAACGAUGCUGACGGUUUUUUCUCCAAACUUCUUCUCCACUCGUUUGACUGUUCUUCUGACAGGACAGCUGCUCCUCCUUUCUGACAUGGAAAACUAUCAACUAUUUCAGCCAAGUUUGAUAUUCGCAGCAACAAGUUACGCAACUUUUUGAACUCAGCGCAGCGAACGAUGCGCCUUAAAUCUGCACUUCCUGCAGCCGACCGGAGACACGAGAAGAAGAGUUUUUCUAAAUCCAGCAAGGACUCAUCCUCAGCUGGACUGCUCUUUUUCUGAGGACGAAGGGGAGGAGGGUGGGCCAGGAUGAGGGUUUGUAAUCGGGGAAUGAUGAUGCUGCUGACCACGGCAGGAGCUUUCUGCGCCUUCAGCCUCAUGACGAUCGCGGUAGGCACGGACUACUGGCUGUACUCCCGUGGGGUGUGCCGCUCCAAGAACCUGAAUGACAAUGAGACCGUCCACAAGAACGAGGAGGUCCUGACCCACUCUGGUCUGUGGAGGACCUGCUGCACUGAGGGAAUAUUUCGAGGUGUUUGCAAAAACAUUGACCAUUUUCCAGAUGAUGCAGACUACGAGCAGGACGCAGCAGAGUAUUUACUCCGAGCAGUGCGGGCUUCCAGCCUCUUCCCAAUCCUUAGUGUGGGGUUGCUGUUUCUUGGGGGUUUAUGUGUAGCUGCCAGCGAGUUCUACAAGUCACGCUACAACGUCAUUCUGUGUGCUGGUAUCCUCUUUGUUUCUGCAGGUCUCAGUAACAUCAUCGGCAUCAUAGUGUACAUAUCAGCCAACUCAGGUGACCCCAGUCAGAGCGACAACAAGAAGAGCUACUCCUACGGCUGGUCCUUUUAUUUUGGAGCUCUGUCCUUUGUCCUGGCUGAGAUGGUGGGUGUCCUGGCGGUGCACGUGUUCAUAGAAAAACACCGGCAGCUACGUACUCGAGGCCGACCUUCUCUCAUUAAGCCUCCCAUCUCCCGAAACUCAUCUUAUUACCGUAACCGUUAUUACCGCAGCCGUCGCUACAGCAACAGGAGCAACCACAGCGCAGGCGACUCAGCCUCCAACACUUAUCAAGCAACUUUUGGACGUGACCAGGAUCCGCCCAUCUUUGUUGAGUCUAAAGUCGACACCUUGACUGGGUUGCCUACACCAGUGACCAUGGGCUCAGAGUUCAUGCUGUACACCUUAAACUCUCACCAGCUACCUUUCAAACACAGUAAGAUUAACGUGGAUGUGGAUGACUUGACAGCUGGAGCUGGGCACAACAGCACAGAGAUGCUGCCUGGAGACUGUGCAUCCAAUCGGAGGACCACUCCCGUCUGAGAGGAGGCAUCUGGAAACCUCAGUCCUCCUCUUGAUUUGGAUUGGUCUUUUAUGCUUUUCUGUUAGUCAGUUGUUUGUCAGGACAAAAUUAAGCUUUUAAAUAUACAUUUCAUGUGCUGUACUUAUUGAGAAAAAUGAGUAAAUGAGAAUGUGAUUUUGAGAAGAUCUAAUUGGUGUAUGCUACAGUAGAAUCGCCUGUAGUUUGUGUGCAUGAAAAUGUGUGUAAGUCAUUCUGGGAAUAAGAAAAAGUCAUGCAGAUAAUAACUACAUAAUACUGUAUGCAAGGCCAAAACACAUUAAUAAGUAAAAAAAAAACUGGAUUUAAUUCAUACAUAGAGACUCUGUAAAUUGCAAUUCGUUAUAGGCAACAGAUGAUUUAACCCAAACAAAUGAACUAUACUUUCUGGGAUACGUAGAUUAUACUUCAUAAUAUCUUGUUUUAGGGUCAAGAAAUGAUAAUUGAAACAUGUAAGAGGAAAAAAUUGUGAAAUUUGAUGGAAAAAAUAAACCGUUAUUGAAAUUUAAACGUUUCCACACAGAAAAUAAGUGAUAGGUCUAAACUGUGAUCAGUGAUAUCAAAGGUGUAGUUUACUUGUUUAUUCAAUACAUUUUCGGUCUCUAUUGUAAGCCGAUGCCUUAUAAGUAAUUUAAAAAAAAGCUCCAGUUCUGAGAUGCAGAAGUUUGCUGGUGCAGAACUGCGCUGAAAACAGGAGGGUUUCUCAUUAUUAUUAAUGGUAUGAACACACCUUGCUUCUGAGUGGCUAACAGAAUGCCUUCCGCCAUGUUUCAAGGUCACUAUUACCAACACACUCUCCACCUUCUCUCUCCUCGCUGCAAAAAAAAAAAAGCCUUCCUGUGGGUGGGUACGAGUCAAAGUGGGCGAGGCCAUAAAUGCUAAUUCACAGUGUGAUAUCACAGUGUGAGGAUUUUCCAAUCCUAGCAUUUCACCAACUAUUUUCUGUCAGAAGCUUACGCAGGAGAUAGGUGUAGGAGACUGUUUUCAUGUUCAGCCUGCAUGAAAAUCUCAGCGUGACUGAUUAUAAUCAGAAAAAAUAUUUAACCCUCCCACUGUCCCAAUGGGUGUGAGUCCUCGAGGAAAGCUGACCGUUGUGUAGGGUUGAUGGUUCAUCCCUUGGGUCCAUGUGGCAGCGGUGAGAAGUGAGCACCACCUCACCCCUGCCACGUCGACCUCAAGGGAUAAACCAUCAAUCCUGCUCAAUGGUCAACUAUCCUCACAGGGUCACCCAUAAAGACAGUGGGAGGGUUAAAAAUGGUUUUUCAGUGAAUCACACCUUUAAAUGAUCAAGGAAUAUAAAGGCUAAAGGUUGAAUCAUUUAACCUGUGUCAAAACAGAAAGGGUGGAAAGAGGUGAAUGAAGGUACCUCACUCAUCACUCAUAUCUUGUCUUGAUCUUUAUGUUGGAUCUGAAAUUAGGUGCAAAAUCUAAUCAGAUAGCUCACCAUAUUGGAAUAAUACUUCUUUCAUUGAGUAAUAGUUUCAUUUGUGGUGGUUUCUUUAUAAGUUGAUGGUGGAAGAGUUGUUUCAGCCUUGAUGUAGUGAUGGAAGUUACAUCACUUUCACACAUGGAUUGACCCCCACUAAGCACAGACCACUCAUUACUUUUGCUAUGAACUCAGUAUGUUUGCAAAAAACUAUUUUGAUGUUGGACAGAACUAAAAACUGCAACGUUGCAAAUGUUACUAAAAGUAUGUUGCUGCAAAUGUGUUGUUUGACUUUUACUGGUCAUGACGCAUGGGCUUUUUUGGUUUUGUGAGAAUGGCUUCAUGGACAUUUAAGAAUCAGUAUGUCAUGUAUGUGCUCACACACACACACACACACACACACACACACACACACACACACACACACACACACACACACACACGCGCGCACCUGACAGUGACAUAACUGUGUCUUGUUCUCUUUUGCUCCAUGCACAAAAUCAAACCCAAUUAAACGCAUUAGAGUCCAACUAAAUGUUGUUUGUGUGUCUGAACAUUCUGCCAUUAUGGUGAUGUCAGAGUUCUUAUUUACAUAAUAUAAAUGUUUACAUUAACAGCUUCUGGCAAAAUAAGUGUAUUUCAUAGUGUAUAUGUUGAGUAAAUGCAUUCGUAUUAUACAGACCACUUCAGCUGUCUUUGUGUAAGAGCAAAUAUUCAAAUGUCCAUUCAUGCACAAAGAAGCAAAUAUCAGAGCCAAGUACAAAUGCACGAUCACCAGAACAUCUAGUUUAUAGUAACAGACCCCCAGUACUGACAAUAUAUCAAGGCCUUCCUGUGUGUGUACAUGCAUGAAUGAGCCAUGUUACCGAUGAUGAUGCUGCAGGACAAACAGCUUUAAAGGAUGUACCGUGCAUCAGAAAACAGCGGGCAAAUCAAAAAGCCUGGGAUGUUACCAUGGCAGCAGCACUCAGAGCAAAAUUUAAAGCAGCCAUGAUGAACAUGAUUGACUGAAAACACCACUUUGAUCUUAAUGCUCACCUUUUUAAUGCUUUUUUCUUAUUUCCUUGUGUUUGCAGAAAUUAGACAAUAAUAAGUGAGCUUAACAUUAUCUUUUAAUAUUUUUGACAAUACUUAAUUUUUAAUAUUUUGGCACCAAGCAGCUUGACAUUCUUGUAAUCUUUGAUCGUUUUAAUUAAUGUUUCUUCUUAUUUUUUGGAGACUGUCCCAAGUAUUUACCAUGGGCCGCAUGGCUGCUGUUUUACACUGCCCAUAGCAGCUUGUUGUGCAGUGUGUGAUGGGGAAAAGACAGGUAAAAAGGGAAAGAUGACAGCAAACCGUAUAUGGGAGUCAUGUAUGAAAACAACACUGAAAUAAAAUUAUUGAAAAUACCUGAACAGUAUAUCAAUCGUGCGUUAUCCUUCUGUUCUUUGUGUAGGCUACAAAUGUCCUCUUCCAUAGGAAGCCUAAGUCACAUCCAUCUACUUCUGGACAACAGUCCCCAGAAAUAAGACAAAUGUAAGCAGUUAAUGGGGCUAUAAAAGCUAUUUUCUAAUCCUGUUUGAUAUGUGCCAUGGAUAUGAAAUCUGUGAAUCUUCAAGACAUAUUUGGAUGCCAAGAAAGCACUUAUUUUUGAACAGCGGCAAAAGUUAUUAUAGGUUUUGUGUUAAAAGACGUGCAGGACAACUGAUGUCAUUGAAACAGACACGGAGAAGAGAAGAUUAAACAAGCUUCUAAUCAUUCUUCCGAGAAGGAGAAGAAAGAAAGAAAGAAAGAAAGAAAGAAAGAAAGAAAGAAAGAAAGAAAGAAAGAAAGAAAGAAAGAAAGAAAGAAAGAAAGAAAGAAAGAAAGAAAGAAAAAGAAAGAGAAAGAAAGAAAAUUAUCUUUUAUUUAGUGCCUCUUGAGAUUAAAAUCACAAGGCGCUUCACAAGAACAAAAAAUUCAAAAUACAAAACAUCUUUGAAAAUGUAUUAAAAAAUUAGAAGACAAAACAACAAUUGUGUUAAAAAUGCAGGGAAAGGCUAGGAGAAAAUGAAUGGGAAUGAGGGAAAUAGUGGAUCAAGGUGGUGAAGAAGGUCAUACAAAAGCCAGCUUGAACAAGGGAGUUUUCGGCUGCUUUUUAAAGGAGACCACUGAGUGCACUGAUCUCAGGCUCAGAGGGAGAGAGUUCCAGAGUCUGGGGGCCGCAGCAGCAAAUGAUCUGUCACCUUUGUUCUUCUGCCUGCUUGAGUACUUAAAGACAGUUUUAAGUCUGUUUUGAUUGCUUGUACUUAAUGCAUAUGAGAACAGUCCUUUGCCUUUAUGUCUAAUUUUUUUUAAAUCUUAUCUUAUAUGUUUUUCUUUUAUGUAACUAUGUAAUGAUGUGUCUGUUGCUGCUGCUUCUUGGCCAGAUCGUCUUUGUAAAUGAGAAUGAGUUCUCAGUUGACUCAUCUGGUGUAACAAAGGUUAAAAAAUUGCCUGGUGUGCUGCACAGCCAGUAGGCUUUGAUCACUGGACCUCAGGGACCUGCUGUGUGUAGGUACUAAGAAGAUCAACAAUGUGUUGGUGCUCAUCCAUGUAGGGCCCUAAAACCAGCUUGUUUGGGACAUAGAUGAGGAAGUCUUAGCUUUAUUCAGCUAUCGACAGUUCCCAGUCAUCCAGGUUUUAAUAGAGUCUAAGCAGGUGUGUAACAGCUGCCGCUUAGACAUGAUCAUUAAACAUGGGGAAGACCACUAUAAAUCUGGCCAUGUGGUAAGUAGCAACUGCACAGGGGGAAAAGAGAUUUUGCGGCGACAUCAUAUAUGCAAUGUCUGAUUUGUAGUUGUUUAAAUUAUGAAUUUUUACAAGCUAACAAAUCUCAAAGUACCUGAAAGGCAUGGUUGAAACUCACACCAUUUCAUUUUAUUUAAAUUGAAGUACAAUAUAUGUGUGAUUCAGUGCGUAAGGCAAAGCAGAUUAGAAAAUAGUUUUAUAGCUCCAGGGCUUUUGGCCCCAACCAUUGACUUGCAUUCAUUUGCUUUCUUCCGGGGACCCAUGAGCCAACCAGAAUAGGAGGAGACUUAGGCUCCCUAUGCAAGUGAUUGGACGUAACCACAGACAUCAAAUGUAGAAGAUUCCCCGUGGGCUGGUGCUGCCAAUUACAGCUGCCGUAGUGGCCGCCAUCUUGGAUGGGUCUCCAUUCACCACCGGUAAAUAUUUUUCUAUUCAGGAAGGUUUUUACAUAACUAAAAGAAAAUAUUUAAGUAUGCUUACCACAAAAUCAGACAUAUGAUAAUUCAAAUAUAACUAUAAUUAAGUAAGCUAAAUAAAAAUCUUCCUCAGUAGAAAAAAUAUUUACCGGGGCGAUUGGAGACCGAUCCAAGAUGGCGGCUGGCCACUACGAGUCUUGGGAUGAGCCCAACUACAUCCGGUUCCGUCCAACGCCAUUUUGAUGAAACAGCGAGAAGAAGAAGUGUCGUGGACCACCGAAAUGGAUUUUAUGGAUUAAACCCCAAAUACUAAUUCGGAUAACUUCUUUUUUUGUGCGGGAAAAUAAUUAAUGGGAUAAGUGGAUUCUUCCUCUGACUGUGUAACCGGGUGGAUUUGGUCAUCGGGCUGUGGUAUUACUGUUAGCUCAGCUUCGCUAGACGUUAGCUAUUGUUAGCUCGUUCGUGUGUGUGAGCCGCGAGGCGAGUGUUAAAGCGUUUUCUGCAUUAGCAUUUUACACGGGAGACGUUGCGAUUUUUGAAAGAAUAGUUUAGGUCUGGCAGCAGUAAUACCAACCUUGGACUCGUUCGGGACUUUUUGUGGGGCCUGUUUGCCUAAAAGAACAGUAACAGAAGGAAGCCAUAAGGACUGUCGGGAAUCCCAUAGGCCCGCAGCUUGCGGCAGGCCGUUUCAGGCUUUCUUUCCAUCAAGGACUAUUCAUCAGGGACUUGACCUCGUUAACGUGUAAUAAAACACGUCGCUGCAUGGACACUUUUGGAUUUGCUCGCACACUGACGUGUGCUAUGGGACUGUGAAGGACUGUCGAGGUACACGGUGCCUCCAAAAUGGCGCUUUGGCCUCGGCUCGUUCGUUUUUCUUAACUGUGUCGUCAUCUGCAAGCUGAACCUUUUUCUAUUUUAGUAUUUUACUUUGUCAAGUGUUUCAUCGAACAUAACGUUACCAAUUAAAGUUACCGUAUUUAGACUGUG